UUGAUUGAAUUCCAAACAUUAUAUAAACAUUGAACAAUGGCAUUGCAUUUACGUUGCUGCUGUUCGCGAAGUAUAGUAGCAGUUAGACAUUUGAGCUGUUAUGCCUCAAAAAUUAACUCAAACAAAUAUAUUGCAAGAAGUUUAUCUUCUGCCUUGACACAGCGAUCUAACAAACAAGAACACCCAUUCUUUACACACGGAAAAAAUAUUACCACAGCAAGAAACUUUUUUACUGGUACAAGACUAAAGUUCAUUCAAACAUUUGACACCCCAAAUCCGAACAGUCUCAAAUUUGUUCCGGGAGAACAAAUAACUGGAGGUUUCACUGUUGAUUUUCCUGAUUGGACUCAUUCACAUAAAUCACCUCUCGCAAAAAGAUUAUUCAGCAUUGAAGGGGUCAAAAGUGUAUUCUUUGGUCCUGAUUUCAUUACUGUUUCAAGAGCUGAUGAGGAUGUUGAAUGGAAAAUACUGAAACCUGAGAUUUAUGCAACCAUCAUGGACUUUUUUCAAUCUGGCUUACCUAUUCUAUCUGAUGAUGGGCCCUCACCUGACACUGUUAUACAAGAAGACGAUGAUGAUAUUGUAGCUAUGGUGAAAGAAUUAUUAGAUACUCGUAUUCGACCAACAGUAAUGGAAGAUGGUGGUGAUAUUAUAUAUAAAGGAUUUAAUCACGACACAGGAAUUGUUCAAUUGAAAAUGCAGGGUUCUUGCAGUAAUUGUCCAAGUUCAACUGUAACUCUAAAGAAUGGGAUUGAGAACAUGAUGAAAUUUUAUAUUCCUGAGGUCAAAGGUGUCGAAGAAGUUCGAGAUGAACUUGAUGAUGUAUCAGAUCAACAGUUUGAAAAACUUGAAAAUAUGAUAAGAAGAAAAGAAGUGAAACAACAAGAUGAAUGAACGUUUUACGUCAAACAUUGCUUCAUAACAAUCUGCUAUAUUGCGCACAGAUUGCAAACUAUCAUUGUUUAAUUAUUUGACUUCCUGUGUUCUCAGAUCAUACCAAUACAAACUUAAGAGUUGAUGUAAA